GAUCAACCAAGGGAAGCGGGAGCUGCCCCCACGCCCCGCCGCCCGCCCUGCUGCUGCGGCGGCCCCAGCUCCUCUCGCCGCCUCGUCCCCGGACCUGCUGCCCGGACCGACCCCGCUACCUGCCCGGCCGCGGGAGGAGCUGCUUCCCUCGCCCCGGGAGGAUGGAGGUCCUGCAGCUCCUGCGUCUGCUCCUCACCACCGCCAUGCUGGGCCUCUCCCAGACAGUGAACCCCUUCGUAGCCCAGCAGACCCCUCCAGACCCUUGUUAUGAUGAGAAUGGUGCUCCUCGCCGCUGCAUCCCUGAAUUCGUCAACGCUGCCUUUGGGAAGGAGGUUCAAGCCUCCAGCACGUGCGGGAAGCCCCCAACGCGACACUGCAAUGCCUCAGACCCCCGCCGAGCCCACCCACCUGCCUACCUGACCGACCUCAACACCGCCUCCAACAUGACGUGUUGGCGCUCAGAGACCCUUCACCACUCGCCCCAGAACGUCACCCUCACCCUGUCCCUCGGCAAGAAGUUUGAGGUGGUCUACGUCAGCCUCCAGUUCUGCUCACCCCGGCCAGAGUCCACCGCCAUCCUCAAGUCCAUGGACUAUGGCAAGACCUGGGUGCCCUACCAGUACUACUCCUCCCAGUGCCGCAAGAUCUAUGGCAAGCCCAGCAAAGCCACUGUCACCAAGCAGAAUGAGCAGGAGGCCCUCUGCACCGAUGGCCUCACCGACCUCUACCCCCUCACUGGUGGGCUGAUCGCCUUCAGCACCCUUGACGGGCGACCUUCUGCCCAGGACUUUGACAGCAGCCCUGUGCUCCAGGACUGGGUGACGGCCACCGACAUCCGUGUGGUCUUCAGCCGCCCGCAUCUCUUUCGUGACCUGGGUGGUCGGGAUGCUGGCGAGGAGGAGGGGGGCACUGGCUCGACCCCCUAUUACUAUGCAGUGGGGGAGCUGCAGGUUGGUGGGCGCUGCAAGUGCAAUGGGCACGCUGCACGCUGCGUGAAGGACAAGGAGCAGAAGCUGGUGUGUGACUGUAAGCACAACACUGAGGGUCCCGAGUGUGACCGCUGCAAGCCCUUCCACUAUGACCGGCCCUGGCAGCGGGCCAGUGCCCGGGAGGCCAACGAGUGUUUGGCCUGCAACUGCAACCUGCACGCUCGACGUUGCCGCUUCAACAUGGAGCUGUACAAGCUCUCGGGCAGGAAGAGCGGCGGCGUCUGUCUCAACUGCCGGCACAACACGGCGGGGCGGCACUGCCACUACUGCAAGGAGGGCUUCUACCGGGACCUCAGCAAGUCCAUCACCGACCGCAAGGCCUGCAAAGCCUGCGACUGCCAUCCCGUCGGCGCAGCUGGCAAGACCUGCAACCAGACAACGGGGCAGUGCCCGUGUAAGGAUGGUGUGACUGGCCUCACCUGCAACCGCUGUGCCAAGGGCUACCAGCAGAGCCGCUCGCCAGUGGCCCCCUGCAUCAAGAUCCCUGCCAUCAACCCCACCUCCCUGGUCACCAGCACAGAAGCACCUGCGGACUGUGACUCCUACUGCAAGCCAGCCAAGGGCAACUACAAGAUUAACAUGAAGAAGUACUGCAAGAAGGACUAUGUGGUCCAGGUGAACAUCCUGGAAAUGGAGACAGUGGCCAACUGGGCCAAGUUCACCAUCAACAUCCUCUCUGUCUACAAGUGUCGUGAUGAGCGGGUGAAGCGUGGUGACAACUUCUUGUGGAUCCAUCUGAAAGACCUGUCCUGCAAAUGCCCCAAGAUCCAGAUCAGCAAGAAGUACUUGGUCAUGGGGAUCAGUGAAAACUCCACUGACCGGCCAGGACUGAUGGCCGACAAGAACAGCCUGGUCAUCCAGUGGCGGGACGCCUGGACGCGUCGCCUUCGGAAACUGCAGCGGCGGGAGAAGAAGGGAAAGUGUGUGAAGCCCUGAGGGGUUUCCGCCCAUCCCACCCCACCCUGUGCUCAGCCCCAGCCCAGCUGUGCGCUGCCAGACUGCACCCAGAGACUCUGUACAUAUAUAUAGUGUGAACGGACUCUUCUGUCUAUAGUGUAUAUUUUGGCAAUGGUUUCCCUUUGAGUGUGCGUGUGCACACGUGGGUGUGUCCGGGGGUCUUUUUCUCUAAGUGUGUAUUAAAAAUAAUGCAGUAAUGACAAACCUUGAGUGAGGAGCAAAGUGGAGCAGGAUCCCAUGGGUCACUGUCGCCUGAAGGAGCUUGAAGGGGAUUGAUGUCCUGCUGUGGGCAUGCUGUUCAUAGUGCUCAUUUUUGAGGCUUUCCUUCUCCCGUUAACGAAGCCUUCUUCAGCCCGGUGUUGACAUCUGAGUUGAUAGAUCUCCCUUCUCCAGCAUCCAGGGCCUGCCUCUUCCACAGUCUCUGAAAAUGUGCUGCUGUCAGACCUCUCUCUGCCCUUCUCCUUGCCCAGCAGGAACGGGAGGUUUAGAGUCUUCUGUCCUUCAUGCCAACGUGUGUAUGGGCAGGCUGAGUGGACACCAUCCAGUGCUGCAGAGAGACCAGCCCCAGGAGCUCCACCAGGAAGAACAAGUGAACUUUUGCAAGGCCUGAUUCUCUGCUGACCUCAGGCUUAAUGGACCAGUGCUGCUGGCUGGGGCAGGACCCAUGCAAUGCUGCAGUGCAGUGGGGAAGAGUCAGGCCCUGGCAGUGGGUUGGUGGCCACUACCAGGGAAAGCUAUGUCCACCAGGGAGAAGGGGACAGACUUCAAAAUCCCCUGGCUGUUAUCUAUCCUGCUGCAUAGUCCAGGUAACCCAGCAGGAAAGACCUGGAGACGCCCAUUUCCACCCCUCCCCAUAAGGCAGGCUGACCAGAGCCAUUGUGUAUCAUCACCCAUCCACCCAGGUCUAUGUCUCUAUAUUCUCAGCUGGUACCAAUUGACAUAAUUCCACCUGUUUCUGUUGACCUGACAUGAGGUGACACAUUGGUGUGCAUCCUUCAGAGCUGGCCUGACUGCGUGCUCUCCUGGGAAGUAUUGUUGUGGCCAAGGUUGUCCAAGGAGAUGCACAGGGCAGAGGGGGCAGGAAGAGGGAGGAGCUUUCAUUGACCCACCUCUAGUCUUUUAUGUCUUCUUCACUAUGUAUUAGUCUCCAGUUCAAACAGACAUCAGUAUCUUCCCAUGUUGAGAUUGUAGAGGUCUUGGCAUAAUGAAUACGAGUAGAAAUAAUAGGUGCUCUCACAAUAGAUAUUCCUUUCCCUACAAACCUUGCCUUGCUUAUUGAAUGGCUCAGCAAGGUAUUGUAGCCUACAGCACAGUCUUCCAGUGCUUUAGGAUGAUGCUUUGCCCUUUGGAGCCCAUGGCACCUUGUGUGAACUCUCCAUCCCAUGGGUGGUCUGGUGCUUCUGGGCUCCAGCAUCCCAGGGUGGUGCUGGGGCCUGCAGCUGAAAAGACUGCCGGAGCACUGUUGGGGUUCAGGACAGGGGAGUUUGGGGAGUGAGGAUCUAGGUGCUGUGUGGACAUGCAGGUGCUAUAGUCAGGAAGCUCAGUGCAUUGGUGGAGCUGUUGGAGAUGCUGAAGUGGCUUUUCAGAGAUGCGAGGAGCCUGCAGUGCCAUCUUUCCAGGUUCCAUGGAUGUUUGGCUGCCUGCACAGGGCAUGGGCAGAGCUGGGGGGAGGCCAGAAGCUGAGGGGCAAAGGGUGUAUGGGAACACUUGGGCUUAGAGGAGCUGGUCCUAUGCCACACUCCUGGCAUAGACCCCACCACUUCCCUCCUCCAGCUGAGCUAAGGGGACCUUCCCAUCCCUGGUUCCUCUUGUUCUGGUUGUCAUAGGCUGUCAGCCUCUGCCAUGAGAUGGCCCUUGAGGUACGUGGGCCAGCCAGCCCUCCUCUUCCUCCCAUGCCUGCUUGCACCCAAGAAACCAGGGAGCAGAGCUGUUACCCUUGUCCUAGGCUCAUUCCAAUCCCAUGCACCCAACAGUCAUGAUGCAAGAGUCAGUAAUGGAACAAACUUUCAUUAUGCAUGGCCAGGGCUCCCAUCAGGGUCAUUCCCACAGCCCCAGGGGCUGCUAGGCAUCACCCUAUGGGGUGUGGGGGUUCGCUGGCUCCUCUUUUCAGCAUCCACAGCUCAUAAAAGAGCAGGGCAGCAUCACUGCUCUGUGGGCAUGGAUGCUUAUCAGUGCAGGGCUACAGAAGCCAUGUGCUUUCUCCAAGCAAGUACAGCCUUCAGGAGAGGUACGAUGUGUCUGCACUCCCCAAAAACUGCUCUGCACAGCCUGCUGGGGCAGGAGGCUCCUUCCAGGGUUUCCUCUGGCACCUGAUUUCUCCUCCCUUGAAGUGGGGCACCUCAAACUCUUUGAGGAUGCUGGUGGUUGCAUUUCUUUAUUUACCCUCCCAGCUGGCCCUUCACUCUUGUUUCAGCUCUGCCAGCUGGGACUGCUGAUGAGGAGGGGUGGCUCCCAGCUAGCACCCCAGUGCACUUGUGUGCCCCACCGGGGCAGAUCAGAGAAAUGGGGCAGGACCAUCACAUACUCCAUGGGCUGCCGCUGAGGAGAGGAGCUCUCCCACUCUGGCUGGGCAUGUCCUAAAAUCCUGGCCAAAGGACUGGAGCAGGCCACUCUGCACCUUCACCUAGGCUGCUGGCUGGAAGAGGUUUUCCUGACUUCCCCUGCUUGUGUCACCCCAAAGUCUGAAGAAAGAACUCAUCUUUCUUCUUGCUCUCCCUCUGCCUGGCACAGGCCUCUGGAAACCCCCAGACGCAGGUUCCGCUGUCGCAGGGACACUGCGGCUGCAUCACCCAGAGCUGGUGCCGGGGUGUGAGCACAUUGCUGGAGGCAGCGCAGGGUUGCACAGGGAUGCUGCCCUGCAGGUCGCGAGGGCUGCAAAACCAGGGGCUGCUGUGCCAUCCUCACAGGGAUGCUGCUGAGUUGGCCCUUCCUUGCAUGGACCCUGUGUUGCACAGCCCUGCACUGCUCUAGCUCUUCUGUCUGCAUUUCACCUAAGUCGGGGACCAAACGCAGCCGGAGUCUUCUCCAGGUGCAAGGGGAACCAUCCCAGACAGGGAACCCAGCCUGCCAAGCUGUGCUCAGUGCCUGUUGCAGUGGAUUUUUUUGGGAGAAGCAAUACUGCUCAGGGGAUUUAGACAUGGAGCUGCUCCCAGAUGCAUAUUUAAAUCCCCACAUGCAUCUCUUUGCCUUUUCAACUUCUUUUUCUCUUUGCUUUAUAAUUUAAACGUAUGACUGGACAGGACAGAUCCAGGAUGCUGGUGCGAUCCUUUGCGAGUCACCCAGUGCAGAUUGGGGGGGUGGGCUCUGCUGUGCUUCUUGGGGUGCUGGGACAUGUGUCACCUAGAUACCAUCCCAGGGGUGCUCAUGCAGAGGGACCCUGGCCCUGCAAUGUGGUGGCAUCUGUGAAAUAUGUAAAAAGAAAAGCCAGUGAAUGUUGUGGACCAUAGUGUAACAUAUAUGAUAUGUACGUUUGGGGGUUUUAUUAUUAUUUUAUUAUUAUUAUUUUUAAUAACAUGAGUCUAAUAAGUACCAAGCACCUAAUUCUGCAUCUUCUUUGCAUGCACAUGAGGUUUGUGUGUGGGCUGGGAAGCUGGGGGCUUUGCCAAGGGGGUUCUCCCUCCCAUCACCCCCAGCUCUGCAGGUCAGGGCUCUGGGUGUGCUAUGGAGCCAGCUCUGAGCACCCCCAGGUACACCAGGUACAUGGGCCCCAGGGUUGGCUCUGUGGUUGUCCACCUGUCUGGGUAUAACAGGGACAGCAGACCCCAGAGAGCAUUUCUACCUCACCAAGACUGGGUUACCAGGCUCCAGCCGGCUUCUUUCUACACAUUGGACUCAUCAGGCAAGUGGAGGGGCUCUCCCCAACCCCUCACCCACCUCCACUUCUCUGGCAGCUCAAGCAUCUGGAGCAACCCAAACCUGAACGACUCCACAGUCACAGGGGUUAAAUAGCUGGAAAAACUCUUCCACUUUCCCAUCAUGACCCUCCAAGAGCUGUAACUGAAAAAAAUUGGAACAUUAAUGAUAUUACUAGCUGUUUAUUUUAUUUAAGUAUUGUUUUUAUAUCCUCA